AUGCCGAUGGCAGACGCGGAUUGCCGACGACGACGACGCAGAUACCGCAAGGGCGAAGGCCACCUCGCCCCUCGACACUCUGCCCACGCAGUCGUGGCCCAGCCCAGCAGCCCAGACAGCGCGUUCGCCCCCAGCAGUGGGCAGCCCCAGCCACGCACCCGGUCAGUAAGGCUUGACGACGGAGACGACAUCUCCCCCGCCCCCGACCCUGGCAGCAUAAUCGUGGUCGAGUCCCCUGCCCUCACGGCUGCGCACGAAGUCCGGCGGAUCUUCGGACUCCCCAGCAGCCUCAGCCAGGCCCGCCUGCAGCCGACACAGAAGGACGUUCACCACACCCUGGUCGCCUAUUUGUGGGACUACCACCCAACGCUGGACGACAAAUCGAUGAACUUUGUCAAGGACUACGACGCCAACAUUCCAGCCCCGAGCGACCUGGAGACCUCGUGGUCGGCUCGCCAGCUUGCCCCUUUCCUGCGUGAGGUGCACGGCCCCGAGGUCCCCGGCGACGGACUCCCCGACGGCGCCACCUGGGAAGGCAAGAGGUGGGCUGCGGCCAGGGCGGAGGUAGAAGGGUUAGACUACGACGAAGAAAAAGGCGACGCCGCCCCCCCGACUCCCGCGCCUCCCCCUGGCGGCACACCAGCCGGCACGAGGCGCCCCUCACUUGCUUGCAAGCUCGUGAACAGCAGCGACCCAGCAGCAGCGUCAGGCAGCAACCGGGCCCUACCCCAAACAGCCAGCUCGAGACCGCCGCUCGCCAACCCCCGCGAAUGGGGCUCCAAGCGGGUCUUCGACGACCUCGUCGACCCCAUCGGAAGGGGUCCCAUGUGCGAGGAACGGUUGGGCAAUGUCGAGCUCGACAAGUUUGCGGAAGCACCCUCGGCCAAGAUCUCCCGUCUCCAAAGGACCCUCGGGGGAGUGUUCAGCAGCAUCUGGCAUGCCUAUACCCGCCUGCACCCAGCAGCCAACGGCCCAAAGAGCGACCCCGCGCUGAACCCUGAGGGCACGUGCCGUGCUUUCCUUGACGCCUGGAAACGCUGUGGGUAUGAUGCCUACGUGAUGGAUGGGAACGGGAGGGAGCGCGACAAGUGGUCAGGACACCAGGGCACCAGCACCCCACAGCACGAGGGAUACGCCACAAGCUCCCGCCAGCCUUGGGUCUGGGACUCAUGGUCACGGUCGCAGGCCUGGAACGGCGACGGUUGGCAGGCAGCAGGCAAGGAGACCCUGCUCGCGAGACUCAACCAGUUGGCGGAGAAGGGCGAGGUCGCGGCGGCGGAGAGGGUCUUCCGGGACCUGCUCCCUGGGAGUAGGAUGGUCUGGAACACGAUGAUCAAGGCGUGCUCGAACGCCGGCGACCUGCCGCGGGCCGAGGGCCUUGUGCGCGAGAUGCGCGCGGGCGCGGUCCAGGAGAACGUGCAGACCUUUGGGAAGCUGAUCGAGGCGGCCGCGAAGAGCGGCGACGACGAGAGUGCCGAGAGGUGGAUGGCGGAGCUUCAGCGGCGAGGCUUCCAGCUGAACAGGGUGGUGCUCAGCGCCGUGGUCAUUCGCUUGGUGAGAUGA